AGAGAGAGACAGAGAGAGAGGAAAGUGCGGCUGCAGCUCAGAUGGAUCGGAUGAGUUCUCUAAAUGUGUUAAUUUUAAGCCAUUAGAUUAGUUUUGUUAACGCUCUAUAUGGGCAACUUCUGGCGCACAAACAAACACGUCAGCUGCUUUUGUUCUGAGCUUAAAGUAAUUUGGGGAUCUGGUCCCCACUGGAGGCUGCUCCUGACAGGUGCGCAGAGAGGAUGGGCAGACGUGAGGCGGACAGCAGAGGCGCAAUGAACACCAGCGACCGCUCCGAGCUCGGCUGUCUGCAGGACGCGGAGUCCGAGCGGUCUAACAGGCUCCACAGCCGCCGUCCCUGCAGCGCGGACAGCCGGCUGAAAGACCCAGACAUGGAGGCGGCAACGACUGCCAAAGCGCCGCCGAUGGAAGUGAAGAAGCACCAGCACAAACACAACUUGAAGCACCGCUAUGAGGUGAUGGAGACUCUGGGUAAAGGCACCUACGGCAAAGUGAAGAGGGCGGUAGAGAGAGCAAGCCUGAAGACAGUGGCAAUCAAGUCGAUCCGCAAGGAGCGCAUCACUGACGACCUGGAUAGAAUUCACAUCCAGAGAGAGAUUGAGAUCACCUCCUCGCUCAGGCACUCCAACAUCAUACGCUUUCACGAGGUGUUCGAGAGCCGGGAUAAGAUCGUGAUAGUGAUGGAGUACGCCAGCAGAGGAGAGCUGUACGAUUACAUCCAGGAGAAGAGGAGACUGCCAGAAACAGAAGCCCGAAGCAUCUUCAGACAAAUCACAUCUGCUGUCCACUACUGCCACAAGAAUGGUGUUGUGCAUCGAGACCUCAAGUUGGAGAACAUCCUUUUAGAUCAAGAUCUGAAUGUAAAGCUGGCUGACUUUGGCCUUUCCAAUCAUUUCCAGAAGGGCAGUCUGCUGCAGACAUACUGUGGAAGUCCACUCUACGCUGCUCCAGAGAUAGUGAAAGGCCUGCCAUACCAGGGGCCAGAGGUGGACUGCUGGGCACUGGGGGUGUUACUGUAUUCCCUGGUGUACAGCAGCAUGCCAUUUGAUGGGGCCAGUCACACUACGCUCACAGAGCAGAUUAGCCAAGGUCGCUAUCGGAGACCCAACCCCCCCUCAGACGCCUGCGCUCUUAUCGACUGGUUGUUGACAGUGCGUGUGGAUGAGAGGGCCACCAUAGAGGACGUGGCCAAUCACUGGUGGGUGAACUGGGGUUAUGAGGAGAGUGUGUGUGACUGCCCUUCAUCUCCACACCAAGACUGCCCAUCCCCCUUGUUAGCUCGCUACAUUGACUGGCAGAAUCGGGUUGCUGCUACCAGCAGUAUGACAGUUGACCCAGGGUGCCUAUCCUCUGAGUCCUCCCAUCCAUCUCCCCACCCCUUUUACUUCAGCUUACCUCUGAAGGGUGAUCGUGGAGGAGGAGGAGCAGGGGGAAGGGUACGCGGAGGAAUGUCAAGCCUCAGGAAGUCACGCAAGGAGAACGCAAUUCCCCAGACUGCACUCGGAGCGUGCGGUGGUGUCUGUGCAACAGCGGCCUCCUCCGCUGUGGCUUCAGCCACUUCCACCAUUGAAAGGAAGAAACCCAAGGGUAUUCUGAAACCCCAGAGGAGUUUUGACUCAGUCUUUCAUAACCCUCCAAAAGAAAACUCCCCCUCCCAACCGUGCAACGCUGCUCCUCAGACUUAUCGAACACAUGCACUUGCCCAUGCUGAAGUCCUGUCCACCAGCCUGCCGCCCCCCUCUACAUUCAGUCAGCCCUCUUCUAAAAUGCCCAAGAAGGGGAUACUUAAGAACCUGUACGGAGGGGAGUCAGGUUAUGGUUCUUCCUUAGAAAGAAGAGGCUCUGGGGCAGGAGUUAAAGAGAGUGAUACAGAUGAUUUGUACUCCCACAAACAGUACACUUGUCUUCCGGCAGCAGAACAUAGUCCAACCAUGCGUACAGAGGCAGUAAGAAGAAGGAAGGGUAUUCUGAAACGUAACGGCAAGUUCUCGCGCAGUCUGGACCUUUCUGAUGACGGCCACUCAUCAGCGUCUUCAGCCCCCACGAUGUUCCCCGAGGCUUUGCAGCAGCUCUUUCAGGCCACAGGGGGCGCAGAGGGCCGCUACAGCCGUCCCUCCAGUGUGGUGAGCGAGGACAGCCUCUUUUCCUCCGAUUCCUUUGACCUGCUGGACCUCAGCGCCCAAUCACGUCGCAGGAUUUUCUCCCGGCGGAUGCAGCACAGUGCGUGCAGCUCAGAGGAGGACCUGGAGGCACGCAAGACCAAUGAAGAAGGAGAAGGGCAGAAGGAAAUGCUAACAUAAGAGACAUCAUAAGAGACUUUUCUGAGAUAAUCAGUGCCUGCCGUCUGGAAAAGAGUUAAUGAACUCUGGAAAGGUUGCAUCUCGAGUAUGUGGACUCCAACCGAGCAUUGCACCAUUUCUUGGCAUAUCUGUCUACGUUGAAUGAUGAGUUAAACUGUACACACUGACAAUUCAACUGGCAGUGUGUCAUGACACUAAGUGGUACCGAAAGGGGAUCCAGUAUCUGCUAAAUGGCAGAUGGGACCUCAAUGUGGCAGAAUGGACACACAGUUUAAUGAACUCUCUCCGACCUCACCUACACAACAGAUCCUCUGUUUAGAUCCUACAGCAGAUUUCUGUUCAGAUGAGCCUUGCAAAUCUGAGUCUGACACUGACAUGCACUGCAGAUAUUUGAAACUGUUGAGAAGUAUACCUGAGUAACGUCAUGAAUAUGUGAAUCCAAGCAUUAGUGUGCCGAUAGUAACAAACCGACAAGACCUAAAACAACUCUAAUGUGAUGAUAAAUUCUGCAAAACCGAACUGUUGUAAUAUUGCACCACUCAUUGUCAUUGAGUAUAUUUGUACCACACAGUGUUGUACUGUGCACAAUUUGCUCCCUUGCACCAACAGACACAGUGUGUAUAACACGUUGCUUUUUACCAUGACACCACCAAUGCUGCUGUGGACAUUUAAAUAGGUGACGUAUGCAGUAGAUGUAUGCAAUUUUAAAUGUGUCAUUUUCAUACUGUGAGAAAAAGAAUUGUGUUAAUUUUGUUCAAGCAUUUCAUACUUUCUUUUUGGAAAAAAAAAAUAAAUUAAUUAUG